AUGGAUAAUAACAAGAACGACGAGAUGCAGACCAAGAUUUGCCUAGUACAGAAAAUUCGGAAGGAAAUCGAACCAACGAAGUUGCCAUCUCAUUUUGGCAUCUACAGAGUAGGUUUCUGGAGCAUUCUCAUGAUGGUCGAUAUUGCCCACCUUUUGGACCUCUUGCACAAAUUGCAGACUUUUCCAAAGGCCGAGAGAAGGACGUUCCUGAGACAACUCGACCGUACGACGAAAGUGUUCCCGCAGCUCAUCAGACUCUGUCUUAGUCAAUGGGUUGCGGCUGAACAGUCAGGAAGCUUGGCGCCUUCGGAACAGUCUCAACUUGCGAUUGAAGAAACCAAGGCGACUCCGUCACAGGCACGCAAUCGCGAUAGACAUUUAUGCGUUGCUACCGGAACUUCUGACCCAAACGUUUGUCACAUUGUCGCCCCAAUCAUCUGGCGCCAUAUUCCGAGCAGCCUUAUCGUGGCUACCCAAGUUUCAGGACUCUUUGGAUGGGAUGAAGACUUUUACACCAGGCUCAGAUCAAAGUUCUUGCACGAGGAGGAGGGCUAUGGGGGUAUCACCACACUAAUGACGAACAUGAUCUGUCUCGGUCGCGAGUUGGAACCAGGCUGGUCCGAAGGACUCUUUGCCUUAGAACCCCUUGAGCCACUUGAUCACGACUCAUCGGCCAUGGCGACACUGCGACUAAGGGUUCACUGGCUAAGUCGAACUCGAUUCACGUCUAUGGCAAGCAGGAUGGGUAAGUCCUUCUCUACUGACCCCCGCGAGGUGCUCGUUGAGGAGAAUGGGCAGACUAUCAGCUCUCGCAUGAUCAAACAUGGGUCCAUUACCGAGAUCUCUGACAAAAGUCAGGAGCAGCUUCCAGAUAGGGACCUGCUCCGACUCAGAUGGCUGCUUAUGAGACUUCACGCAUUAUCCGGUGCCCCGAACCCCUGCAUCUACCCUUGUGACUCUAACGAGAUGAUGAAGAUGUUGAAUCAGGGAGGGAUAUACGAUGAUGACCACUCGGAAUACUCCGACGAGGAGGAAUGA